AUGGAGGGGCCUUUUAAGAGUGCUUCUCAUGCCCCUUUUUCGAGCCUCGUCGAACAGCGUUCAGAAGCAGGAGCCGCAGCAGCGCAAGGCACCCAGCGAAUGCCACACAUAUUCAGCUUGCUGGACGCUGCUUUCCUACAGGUCGGUGCUUCCCUGCAGCAGCAGCAGCGAGAGGUGCAGCAGCAGCAGUCUCCCAAUGAAGAGAAAGAGCAGAAAAAACGCAUGCAACAGCCGGGCGCACAAAACGGCAGCCUCCCAGCCAUCACAGAUGCGAGGCUGUGCGAAGCAACAGAUGGAGAGACACCCACCGGCUGUCUCUUCACUACUGCGACUUUUUCUGCUGCCUCUGCUGCUGCACAGCAACGAGCUUUUCUGCCCGCUGCACACGCCGUGCUGCUUAUGGAGCCUUCAGGCAGUCUGAAGGCAUCUGUAGCGUUUGCUGCACUCCGAUACUGCUUCCACAAGCUGCAGCAGGAAGGAGGCGCAGCUGCAACAGGAGACGAGGCUUGCAAAGCCAAUGGAGAAGCAGCCAGUGCAGCAGGGAAAGCUCUAGUCGUAGCGGCAGCGAACAGCAACUUGAACAGCCUCAGGGAUAGAGUCUGCAGUGCUUGGAUUUUGCUGAUGCGUUCUCUUACAUCCGUUGCAUUACGUCCACAGAGGAAUAGCAACAGUGGCAGCAGCAGGAGCUGCUUUUCGCAGGCUUGCAUUUUAACGCAGUUCGUCUUCCACAAAACGACUCCAGCGGCACCAAAAAUGACACCUUUUAUUUUACUUGAGGUAGUGAAGGACGCCUUGCUGGCAGCUAGCACGCAUGCAGCAGCAGUAGAGGCAGCGGAAGCGGCAGCUGCUGCAGCAAACGCUCCCGAGACUCUCGAGAGUGCCCCCAUGAAGCCAGUAGAAGUCGCUGCUGCAGCGAAAGCAGCAUAUGCAGUUGCUUCAGUCUUGCAUCAGCUGGAAGCUCCAGACAUCGCUGGUGGCAUUCUGGAAAAUUCUUCCAACGGUUUGCAAGCGACCCCCACAUGGAAUAUGAUAUGCAGUUGUCUGGCAGUGCUCGGUGUAUGCAAUAAACAGAGGCAGCAAAUUGGCAGGAGACUCCUUGCUGCUGCUGUUCUCCCAUGCAUUUCAUUUGUUGCGUCUUCUUCUUCUCCGAGGAACAAGCGUCAAGAUUUACCUCCUGCCUGUGUUGUACGAGAUUUCUUUUUCUUUUGCUGCUUAGAAGCCAUAGGUUCAGCAGCGAAUACUUUCGAGGAAGUCUUUGCGUCUUGCCCCUUCCUCCGCAUUGACUCAGAUCUCCCUCCUGUGGCUGCAGCUCGCCGGGCAGCAGCUGCAACUGCUCAGCUGUACAGACACCUCGUCACGUGGAUUGCGGAGAUCGGUGGACGCCAGCUCACCCUUCUCGCCGCAGUGCUGCAGCUGCCUUCAGCAGCAGCAGAGUAUGCGCUCAAAGAGCUGCACUGUUGCUGCGAAUCGUGUGCUGAUGCGGAAACAGCAAGUACAUCAGUAGCUGUUGCCGAGAGUCAGACAGGAGAUGCGACAGCAGCAAACAGAGCAGAGAAAGAUCAUCAUCUCGAAGCGCUUUUUAGCUCUUCGUGUCUGAAUUUUGGCCUUCGCAUGCAGAUGCCUUCCUCCGCAGACAUUUUCGUGGCAGCAACUCCCGUCCGCGACGGUGCUGCUGCUGCUGCAGCGCAGCACCCCGUAGCAGCUGUUGUCUUGUUAGAAGCCUUGGAUUUCUUUCCAGACAACAUCUCAGAGGAUAACGACGCACCCGACAAUUUGCCAGAAUCUGACAAGCCGUGUUUUUUCUCCUCUUGCCUAACGCUUCUCUGCGGCAAUUUCUUGAUGGGAGAGCUCCCGCAGCACGUGCGACAGCAGCUGCUGCUGCAGCUCCUGCAGCAGUGCUCUGCGCAGAGAGUCUUCACGCCGAAGGCAAUAGCAGCGCUGCAGCAGCAGCUGCAACAGCUAUCACAGAAGCAGGCGGUGCAACACAUGCAGCAAAACAAUAUAUACUACCUGCUUCAAGAAGAAGAGGACCUUCAAGAACUGCAGUUUCAACAGCUGCAGCAGACGCUGCUGAUGCGGAACGACUCGGGGGCGUCUGCUGCUGAUGCCGCCUCAUCAACCUUAGCGCUCUUAGAAAAAAUGAAUGUGUUUGAGCUUCUUUGCGAUGCUGCAAGGUAUCCUCUCAUCAAAGAAGAGCACCGAGAUCGCAAUUUUCUUCAGCAGUUGCACCGGCAGCAGCAACUGCAGCAGCCUAUUUUGCAGCAGCAGUUGAUGCCAGCCGCAAGGCGGAAGCUUUGUCGCAGCUACAGCGGCAGUAGCACCAACAGCAACACUGACGAAAAGGCGCAUCUGUCAAUAAGGCUGUGGCAUGCCCGAGGCAGCUGUACAUACACCGUGAAAGGCUCUGCGGCAGCCGUGGCUCGCAGCAGCAAAGCGGCAAGUGAGGCGCUGCUGCGUCUUGCUCCUCCAAGGCUGUCGUGGCUGCAGAAACGGCUAGCAGCUGCUUCUGGCAGUUCUUGCAAGAGCACCAGCAGCUGGUUGCUAGAUCCUUUGUCGUCUCUCCCUGCUGCGUCAUCUGCCCUUAUCGAAUGCCUUCCUGCGCCUGCCUGCACGUGCUCCUUGGCCGUGUGUUCACCCGCUGCAGUAGCGGAGCAGGAGUUGAUUCAGAGGAGAUUUGGAUUGCAGCAGCCGCACGCGCUGCUGCAGCAGCGGUGGUUUAGGGUGUCCAUACACCGGAAGGCAGUGGAGCAUGCGGCAGCGCAGCUGCUGGAACGCCAUGGCCACUUGUCGCCGAGCAGUUGUGCUGCGGCUGUUGCUGCAGUAGCUGCAUUUGUUGCUGCUGCCAGCGCUGCAAAGGCAUCUGCUGAGGCUUCUGAAAGCGCAGCCUCAGUUGGUGGUUCCGAUCCUCGUUCAGCCGCAUGUGGAGCCAUCAUCGAUCGCGCGGCAGAACCGUCUGCGGAGCAGCUUAAGAAGGGUUGGAGGUUGGGUUCUACGGAUGUCUUUCUGUCCAGCUGUGCCGCUGCGCAGCUCCUAGACGUGCAGCAGCUGCUGCAGCAGGAAGGAGAGGGAGAAUGGGCAGCAGGAGCAGCGGCAGAAGCAGCCGCUGCUGCUGCCGCUGCCGAUCGGAAAGAGCAGGUUCGCGCUGCUUUGCGAUCCAGCGUCUUGUGCGUUGCUGCUUUGAGCAAGCUGCAAAAGCGGAGUUGCAGGAGAAGAUCCCGUGCUGCUGCAGCUGCGGCAACUGCUGCAACAGCGUCAGCGAGGGAAAUCGUAGACGCGGAAGCGUCUUCUGAGGCUUCGUAUAAUACGGAGCAGACGGCAGCAGAAAGGCAGCUGCAGAAAUCAGAAGCUGCGGAAGGGCAUUGCAUGCCACAACAGCGGCUUGUUGGCAAGCUUCUUAAGUCUCGAGAAGUGCCACUGUUUGCUGUUUGCGCAUUGGAAGGCGUAAAAUCCUCUGAAACAGAGCAGCAGCGACAGACAGACCAGGUGCAGCGAAAGGCAGCAUCCGAUGAAGAGCCAGCAUCCGGUGAGUCUGCAACGCUAGUAGCAAAAGAAGCGGCCUCAAAUGGCAUUGAAGCACUCAUACCCCACGCAUGUCUGGGUGCCUAUUAUGCUCAGUCUCUUGAGGCUUGA